UCAUGCAGGCAAUCACAAAGUGUGCACACAAUAAAAUGUUCAGUAAAUAAAUAUAGAUAUUAUUUAGUAGUUUAGUACAUUAUUGCCGGUCUUUGUAGCACGCUAAUUAUACCUGAUCAAAUAAUAAUUGAUAUUCUUCGAAAUACAUUUUUCAUUAAUUAUAUUUUUUGUUUGUAAACAUUGGAGCAAGUUUUCAAUUAUUCUGACUAAUGUCAAAAUACUAUUAUUAUUACUUUAUAAUAAUCAAGGAGCCAAUACAAUCAACAGGUGAUCAGUAUUUUGCAUUUCUUUGAAAAAAAAGUCAUAUUAUUCUUCAAACAAUUAAAAAAAAAAAGUGUCGUGAAAUAUAUUGUGCAGUUACCUGGAAUUUAUUACAGUAAAAUUAUUUUUCGUCAUCCAGUUCGAUUAGUGACAAAGCAUGUGAAAACAAAAAAUUGUCUUCUAGUCCUUGUGAUGAUUUUUGUGAUAAUAAAAAUUUUAAUAUUGAAAGUGUUUUAACUGGAGAGUGUUGACAUUUUUAUAAACUGUUGUUUGCAACUACCUUUAACAUAUUGUUGUUAAAAAAAAGGGCCACAACACACUUGGUAUAUGAUCCAGCCACUUCGCACUCGUUGUUGCUGACCUCGGCUGUUUAAAAUUAUUUAAUAUAAAUAAUUAUAUAUAGAUAAAAAAGAAAAAUAAUUUUAAUUGUUUAAAUAAAUACUUUUAACAUGAGCCAGACGAUAUGUCACAAGCUGAUAAUCGGAAUAGUCGAUCACCAAAUCAAAAAAAAAGAGAAUCAAUUGGUAGUAAUGCCUCAAGUUAUUUAAUUUUAUUAAAUUCAUUGGCAAGUGAUUUGGACUGUAUGCUGAGUGAACUCUGUACUAGUCCAUUGGAUCGUUAUAAAAGGAGUGAUGUUUUCUUGGAGCCAUAUCUUCAACAACACGGAACAGUGGAUGGUUCACCAAGUACCCCACCACCACCAAAUCCUCUCAUGCAACAUCAAUUAGCACACAUGCAUCAUGUACAAAGUACUGAAUCAUUAUCAUCUGAGGGUGAAUCAUCAGUACAUGGUACAUCAACAGCAGAUUCAUCUGAUACACCAAAUGAUUCUGGUAGUGAAAUUGCAUGUGAUAUAACACUCAUUGAAAGAAUAAUAAGAUCACAUCCAAUAUGGUUUUUACCUGGUAUACAAAGAGCUGGUGCAUUUCAUUUAUUACAAGGUAAAGAAGAAGGUAAUUUUUUAGUUAGACAAUCAAGUCAAAGUGAUACAAUGGCAUUGUCUGUGAGGCUACCAUCUGGUAAAGGACCAUAUAUUGAACACUAUUUGAUACAAGCAAACAAAGGAAAACUUAGUCUUGAAACAUCUGAUAAUCGAUUUGAUAACAUUCCAUCACUCAUUGCGCAUUACGCUCAGUGUUGUAGCGACGAGUUACCUGUCCAGCUAACACUACCACGAGCAAUGCGUGAAGCCAAAAAUAGACAGCAGCUGUCGUCACUUGCUCUAUUGGGUCAGGAGUUUUGGAGAUAUCCAAUGGCAAAUCCAAAAUCACCAGAAAGUGCUUGUAGUACAACAAGCAGCACCAAUUCAAGUAUAGGAAAUUUUGACAAUGGAAAUGAUAAUCAAGAUGACAAAAACAUUGUACUUAAUCUCAUACGAAUUUCAGCACAAGAAUUGAAUAUAGUUACAAGCACUAAUACAACAUCAAAAAUAACAUCAUCACUACCCCGUCAAACCCGACCAACACCACCCAAUACACUCAAUUUAAAAACAUUCAAUGAGCCACUUGACGGGAAAAAAAAUCGUCUUGAUAUUAUUUUAUCGAAUGAUAAAUUAUGUCAAAAAUUAAUAUCACCAAAUCUUGUUCAAAAAGCACGUCAACGUUCACCAAUUGUACAUAAUGUUGAAGACAAUGUAUUGAUACCACCAAAUUCACAAAAUAAUUUAGAAUUAACAAGUGAAACAAUAAAUCAUCAUGAUGAUACCAUAAAAAAUACAAAUACAAAUAAUUCAGAUCGUUCUGAUAAAACAAAAACAACACCACCACCACCACCGCCACGUUGGGCAAAACCUGCUGUAAAUUCAAAUUCUUCUUCUUCUUCUUCUAAUAAUAAUAAUAAUAUCAAUAAUAAUAAUAAUAAUAAUAAUAAUAAUAAUAAUAAUAAUAAUAUUAAUAAUGUAACAGUAACAACAAAAACAGUAAUAACAUUAAAUGUCAAUCAAAACGGUACAACAGAAAAUAAUAAAACAUUAAAAAAUAAUUUACUAAGUCCAACAAGUUAUAAAAUAAUGAGUAUAUCGAAACCAAUGUCACCAAUAAUAUCAACAAUAUCAUCAUCACCAACAACAAAAAUGAUAAAUGAAAUAAAAACGCCAAGUAUAUUAUCACCAAUAACAACACCAUCUGGUAGUAGUAAAUUAUCACGUAGACGUCAAGAACGUGAAGCUAAAAAAAAUUCACAACAUUAUCAAGAAUCAGAUAUACUAGAAUCAUAUUGUCGUAGUUCACCAGGUGAUAAAAUAUCAGAUUAUGAAGAUAUAUGGAAUACAAAUGAUAAAUCGAAUAAUACAAGUAAUUAUUCACCAAAUGAUUCAACAUUUAUAAGUCCAAUUGGUUCUGAUAGUAUUAAAGAUACAUUUGGUGAACGUUUAAUGGUAUUAAGAAAUGAUAGAUCAACAAAAUCACGUGAAAAAUUAAGUUAUAUGGACAUACAAUCACCAGAAUUUAGUAGUUUCAAACCAAUUAUUGAAACAAGUAUUAAAAAUUUAAAAGAAUCAUCAACAUCAUCAUCACCAGAUGAUAGUAGUAUUAGUAUAACACAAAAAAGACCAGAUUUAUUAUCACGUGUUUGUAGUUCAAAUUCAUUAAAUACAACAUCAAUAUCAGCUAGAAUGAAAGUAUCAAUGAUGUUUACAAAAUCAGAAAGUAAUAGUCCAAUGACACCAGAAUCAAAAUUAAAUUCGCCAUUUUAUGCUGAACCAGCUGAUGCAAUACAACAAGCUCAUCCAUAUGUGCCAAGAAGAAAAAAUCGUAAUAAUGGUCUAGUCAGUAAAUAUCGUCACAGUGAACCAGGCUGGUUUCAAGGACAAAUACAAACAAAUAAUAAAUUACAACAAAUUGAUUGGAAUCAAAUUGAUAAAAAUGAUGAUAAAGUACCAUUAAUAUCAUCAUCAGUUGAUAAUUUAACUAAAAGAUAUGGUAUUAAAGAAAAAAAAACACCACCAAGAGCAAAACCAGUACAACCACCAAAAUUAAAAGCUAAAAUAUCAACAGAUGCAUCAUGGGCUGUUGAUUCAAGUUGGGAAUUUAUUGGUAAUGGUGAAGAAGAAGAAGGUGAAGGAGAAGGAGGAGAAGAAGAAGACGAGGAAGAAAAUGAUAAAGUAGUUGAAGAAGAAACAGGUGAAAAUAUUGAAGGUUACAGUGAAGCAGAAGAAAAGCGGCAUUUUGAAAAUGAAAAUAAAGAAAUGAUGAUAAAUAAUAAUGACAAUAAGUUGAUGAAACAAAUCGAUGAUAAUAAUUGUAGAAUAAAAUUUUCAAAAGAUGAUGGACAAAAAAACAUUGGAAAUGCAUUAACUGUUCAGAGUAUUAUUUUUGAAAGAUACCCAGAAUUAUUUAAAGCAUCAGAUACUGCUGAAUCAAAUCACAGUGAUAGAAAUUCAUCAUAUGACAAUGUUGAGCAUCGAAUAAGUGAAAUAUUCGAUUUUGCUGAAUCUGAAACAACGCUAGAUACGGAUGACAGUGAUCAAGAUCAAUUACAGCGUAAAUUAUCAUUUAAACAACGACUAGAUCCACUUCUUGCACCACCAAGAUUACAAGCAUUAAGAAAUCGUGAACCAGGUGGUACUGGUACGAGUAUUCGUACAUAUGCACUACAACUUGCAGCUGAUAAAACAACAACAUUUUCACAAAAUAUUGAUAAUUUUAUACAGUGUACAACUGAAGGAAAGGAAGCAAGUCCACAUAUUGUUAUGAGAAAUAUACGUCAAUUUAUGUCUGGUAUGAAAAAUUAUUUGGUUAAAAAUGGUGAACGUGAAUUUGAAAAGGAAGUUGAAAAAGAAAGAUUAAAAUUAAAAGCUAAUGAAUUUUUAAAUCUUGAUGCUAUUCUUGAGGGUGUAAUGAUGAGAUUAGUCGUACGUCCAUUGAGAAAACAUGUUUAUAAAUUAUUCGUUGAUCAUUAUGGUGAUACAGGAUCACUUGGUACACUUGCUGAUAGUAUUCAAUAUGCUCAUGGAAAACAUAUUCAAGAACUGGGUGUUAGAUCUGCAAUAAUUCCACCAUCAGAUGUAAGUUUGAAUCACAUUCUGAAAUACAUUGAGCAGCUACAAAUGUCAGAUUCACCAUUGGAUAAAUUGGAGAAUUUAUUAUCAGCAAUAUCAGCAAUAUUUAAUUCAGUUAAACAUGCUGAUCAUGAUCGACAUGUUACACUUGGUGCUGAUGAUCUUUUACCACUUCUUGUUUGGGUAUUGGUACAGGGAAAAGUUGUUGAUGCAGAAAUUGAAGCUGAAUUUAUGUGGGGUCUUCUUCAUCCAUCACUUUUAACUGGUGAAGGUGGAUAUUAUUUGACAACAUUGUCAAGUGCUGUUCAUGUACUCAAAACAUUCAAAAGUAGCCAAGCUACAAUGUCAACCCACAAUGGUUCUACAGCAACACCAGAUUGUUGUUCAUCUGUAUUGAGGGUAUUGAUACCUGAUGAGUUGCAUGGAUCACUAAAUACACGAACACUUCCAGUUCGGCCUAACAUGAAUACUCGUGAUGUUUGUCGAAUUCUUGCACAUAAAAUAAGAUGCACAAAUCCACAAGACUAUGGUCUUUUUAAACUUGUUCAAGGAGAAGAAACUCUACUGGGUGACCAAGAAUGUCCUCAAGAAUUAUCUCACUGCCUCUUUGCUUUUAAAAGAAUUGAUGCCAAAAUUGCCUGGCCCAAAACUGCCACGUAAAUUAAUAACUUAAUUAUGCUCAAAGACAAAACGAAAAUAAAAGCAACAUUAAAUAAUAAUAAAUAUAAUCAAAAGCAAUCGGAGUAAAAAAAUAAAAAACAACAAUUUGAUAGGUUCUUUUUUAAAUAUAUACUUGUGUAUUUUGAAUAUAAUCACUACUUUCUAUUUAAAAAUAAUUAUUAUCAAUUAUAAUAAUUAUAAAAUUUUCAUGACAUUAAAUUAGUUAUUUAUUUUUUUUUUUUUUAUGGAAAAUUUAAUUUACAAUUUAUGUUGAAAAAAAAAAAGGUUGUUAUUUAUUAUCUUUCUUUUUUUUACGUGGAUAUUUUUAUUGACAAAGAAAUAAUUCGACAUUAUUAUCAUUUUUAUAAAAAUAUAUUAUUUAUAUGUUUUUUUUUUUUUAUUUUAAUUUUUAAACAAUUUAUAAGAUGACAAAUUUCAAAUUAUACCUCACUAAUAUAUUAUUGAAAUUAAAAAUUAAAAAUUAGUGAGAAAUAUUUUAUAAAACUAUCGAAAUGUAUUUUUAAUUUUUGAAAAAUAUUUUUAUUUUUUUGUUUAACUUUCAAUGAUAAAUAAGUUACAAUGACAAUGGCGCUUGUCAAUAAUAAUUUUAAUGAAACUCACUAGUUACUGACAAAUAAUAAUUGCGCAUCUUCCUUUCAUUGUCAUAAUAUACAACAAAAAAAAAAUUGACAACUGAAGUUCAAUUUUAAAUACUAUAUUUUACUUGACUUAUAAUGUACUAUUAUAUACUGAAAAAAAUAAUCGCAUAAGCAAUUUUUUUUUUUACAUAUAUGAAAAAAAAAAAAACACUAUAUUUAUUGGAAUUGUAAACGCAAUAUAUUUAUCUAUACCAACCUGUACAAUUUCUAAGAACAAGUUUUCCAA